GGACCCAGCCCACUAUUCACUCUUUCAGUACAGGCCUUAUCAUGUUUUCCUGGAUUGCGUUACUUUUCUGCCUUUACCUCCUAGACUGUGAGCUCAGGAAACAUUUGCUGAGUGCAUGAGUGACUGACUGAAUGAGCAUUCCUGGGAGGACCUUGGGAAAGGGACAAUUACCCCCCACACACACACCUUACAGAAGGAGAAACUGAAGUGCAGAGAAUAUGGUUGGCCAGCUUCAUAUGGCAUGAGCAAGCCCUGGGCUGGGCCUCCUGAGUGUGAGCCCAGUGCUCUGCCUACCGGCACAGUCAGCCCAGGACAUCGCUGAAUGGUGGACUGGGACAAGCGUGGGGAACAAUGCUGAGGCAGCUGAGGCAGUCUGGAGACCCCCGAUUCUAAUCCCAGCUGGCACUCUCAUUGGUGGUUUUCCUCUGGCCACAUCGCUUUAGCUCCCUGUAAGUGUUUUCCUCUCAGAAAUGGGAUAAUAAUCAAACCAAGCACAUCUCCUUAACACUUGGUAAACUAGACUGAAUUUUUUGCGGUCUGGAUUCAUGUCUGUUUUGCUGACAGCUGUGUCCAGGCACAAAGCACACUGCCUGGCACAGAGUAGGUGCUCCCGAAAUAUUUGAUGAAUAACAGGGAACAGAGCAAGUGGGAAUGUGCCCAGCCAUUACCACUGUCUGCUGAGAAAGCUUUCCUCCCACAGUUUCCCAAGGUGGCUCCUCACAGUUAAUGAACUCUAGAAGUCCAAUCUGAGCUCUGCCCUCACCCUUCACCCUCCCUCCAGGUGGGCAGGGCAAUCCUCCCCUGACUGACUGGGCUGGGAUGCUCAGGGGAGCUCAGCACAGUCAGGGACAGUCAGGCAGAGUCAGCGAUCCAGCAGCCCCUGCACCAUGAGUGUCUCUGUGCUGAGCAUCACCGGACCCCUGGGCGGUAUCUCUGGGCUCCUGCAAGGGGCCUCCCUGCUAGGGCUGGCUCUGCUGCUGCUCAAGGCAGCACAGCUCUACCUGCGCAGGCAGUGGCUGCUCAAAGCAGUCCAGGAGUUCCCAUCCCCCCCUUCCCACUGGCUCUUCGGGCACAAGCUGGAGCCUGUCUUCGUGGGUCACCUCCAGUUUCCUGUAACGCCCUUCUUACUUUCAGACCCAAAGUCUGAUGGUUCCUACAGAUUCAUGGCUCCCUGUAUAGGGUAUGGUUUGCUCCUGUUGAAUGGGCAGGCGUGGUUCCAGCACAGGCGGAUGCUGACCCCAGCCUUCCACUAUGACAUCCUGAAGCCCUACGUGGGACUCAUGGCCGAUUCUGUCCGAGUGAUGCUGUGGCUGUGA